AUAAUGGGCCUUUAUGGGCAGUCAGGUCACGUUUCGCGGCAGAACCCACCGUGCACGUCACAUGCGCUACCCCAAUGAUAACAGUUUGAGCAGCACUGGAGUUAUCACCUUCAGAAAAAUCGCGAAUGCAUUUUAGCUGAUAACGAGUUUCGGGUGUACGAAGGCCACGAUGAUUGACUCAUUCGCCAUGAUGACGUUUGGCUGUUGAUACAUUCCGCUAUGCAGAUAAGAUGCCGCCUGCCGCAUAUUCAAUUUCCUUCGGGGGAAAAAUAGGAAAAAAUAGUGAAAUGAAAUGCCGCAUCAAAGGUCGACGAGGCGUGUGUUCAAAACAAAGCCAUCAACCCGAGAUACUUGGACACAAAAUCGGAUAUCCAAGCACGGCCAUUUGUGCAAACAGCAACAAGAUAUUUCCAUGAGCUGUUCAUUUAUUUUUAUAAACUACACGUACCUGACGGAUGAUGUGCAAACAUUGACUCCAGCGAGAGUUUACCGUUUACCCUGCCAGUGGGUAUGCAUAUCUUCUUGGGCAACAUUCUGAUGGGGUCCGCCAUAAAUUCGAGAAUUGUUAAUUCACCUGUCAGCUAUCAGCCAACAGUUGCAAAUCAAAUCAAGUGGGUCUCGCUUAUCUGUUUUCGGCUUUUACCUUAUCACGAUGAGCCGCCUGACACACCUGCUAAAAGCACUUGAACGACUUUUAGAUGGAUAGAUUUCAAAUGGAGUAAGGUGCCUUUGAAUUUUCAUUCGUGAUCCUAGAGAAACAUAAUAUCCGUUGACAUUCCAUUCCGAGUUUAGUCAGAAUCAAAUACAAUAGUUUUCUGGUCAGGCACAUUCAAUCCAAUUUCAUUUCGGUGUAGGUUUACGAUUUAUUUCAAAGCAAUGUUUCGAUCUGGCGACUCCAGUAUGUUUGACCCAAGAUACUUCUUGGAUGACUCUGAUGUUAGCAAAGCAAGUAAGACGACAGGAACUGAAGAAGUUUGUUCCGAGGAUGGCACGGAGGGCCAAGAGGCGGAACUUGGAGAGACAACGGAAGCAAAGGUUCUAUACAAAAGUCCCAUCUGGGACUCCAAAGAGGGCGAGUCUUCGGAGGACACUGAGCAGAAGAGUAUGUCGACCAAUUAUCCAGUAGGGGAGCAGUCCGGGAAAAAGCAGCUUAAGGGGUUCUUCAAAAAGAUGGCUGAUUCCCAUGAGGUUGAGGAGCUUUCCGAGAAAGAGAAGGUGUAUGAUCUAUAUGCUAGUUCCUCCUUGAGCUCCCUAGGGGACGACCAUUCGAAGAAUAUGGAGCUCGAGUAUAUGCCGACCGAAGAACAUUCUGCUAAAGUGCAUCCAUCGAAGAAUACAGAGCUUAUGAGUCUACAAUCUACAAGCAGGGCCAUUCCCCAAGAGGAGCUAAAGGGUCUAGUUGCAAGCUCCACCGAGUCUAAAGUGGAGAAACCAUCAGAGCAAAAAGAACUAAAACGUCUAUACAUCAGACCAACUUCAAAUCGGAGCUGUUCCUCCUCCGAGUUGGGUAAUUUGGUGGAUGAGGUUGAUGAUGGCUGCAAACUGAGGGAGCGACCAUUGUUCUCGAUAGGACACAAAGUACCGGACACCUGGAAGUCGCCGGAACACCGCAAAUUCUUUCCCGAGAAGGCCAAUCUCUACGACGGAAUUGUGGGGCUAGCGCGAGACGGAGUGCAGACAAACUCCAUAGUGAUCAUCGAUGAACAUAAUUUUCCUGUACAACUUCUGAUUCUUCAGUGCUAUUCUGGCAUGUUUCGAGAUAUCGGCAACGAAAUGACUAUUGAGUUGCCUGGUGAAAUGGUAACUCCGCGCGCCUUUGGCGUUCUCUACGAGUGGAUGAUCGAUACAGAACCGGCCUUGCCGCGGGACGGGCUCUUGGAGGUGCUGCAGGCGUCACAUUUCCUGAAAAUUCCACAGCUGAUCGCCCAAUGCGAAUCUUGCUUGACCAAUAACCUAAAAGAGGCAUCUGCCGCGCUGCUGUACUUGGAGGCGAAGGAGCUCAAACUGGACUUCAACCAUGAGCAAAUGUUACAGCGUAUUUCAUUGUUUUUUUUAACCUUCGUGGCGUCAAAUGAGUUCUUAGGGCUUCUCCUCAAACCACUGUGUAAACUUCUAGCAUCCGAUCGGGUGGCCGUGAAUUCAGAAUUGGAAGUUUUCAUGGUGGCUGUGCGCUGGUUAAACCAUGAGUGGCCAAAGCGCGAGGGAAGCAUCGCAAGGGUAGCAUCCUUUAUUCGUUUUGGAUUAAUUCAACCCUGGGUGCUAAUCCGACUGCAGCAGACGGACAAUGAGGCGGUGGAAGUGCAAAGAAUCCUGUCCCAUCCCCUGGUACGAAAAGGACUCCAUGACGGCAUUGCCUACACUACCGAGCGAAUAUUCUAUUGCGAUGAUCGGGAGGCCUUUAAGCAGCAUCUCCAGAAGACUGGCGGUAGGCCGCCGAAGCAAAGGACCUGGAUUUACGAUCGUAACUGUCGUCACCACCACCGUUUGAACUGCAAGCAUUCGGUACAAUUUUCGUUCGAGACAUUCGUGGAGUAUUUGAACUAUGUGCAGUGCCAGCACCGUGACUACUGGCAAUCCUACGAGCUAACAAGUGCCAGCGAUGUGUGUCUAAAUUGCCAACCAAAGCCAGACGAUUCGGAACGUGGCCAAGAUAGUGAUUAGUUUUGUUGAUUUGCUAAUGAUGUUGGUUACUCAAAAAAAUAUAUAUAUUUCGAUAUGAACUCUGACUUUCGAAUUAUAAACGAAAAUUAAUAGAAUAGAUAAUGGCUUUCAGAUUGUGGAGUCCAAGUGGUCCUCGAAAAACAAAGAAACCUAAUAAUUGCUUGAAACAAUUGAGAUAGCUGAUUGGGGUGUCUGCUGAUAUAUGUGAAAUCGUUCUAUAAGCUAUA